GUUGAAGUCGUUCCUUCAAUAGAUUCCCAAGUUGUUUUUAUACAACGUUGGUCACGUGCUUAUCACAUGUUUAUCUCGGAGUUCAUGUCUAUUAUUGUCUCUUUUCUAACUUUAUCUUAAUUGAUGCCUAAUGAGUAUAUAAUAUUAGUUAAAAACAUUUUAAUUACAUCGAUCAUUAAUAGCUUUAAAAUAUAGUAGCGUGAUAGUUACAUACGUGCAUCAAAGACGAGUCAAGUUCAUUUUCUUCGAAUUAAUGUUGUAAACACCUCGAUGUAAUACUUAUAUAAUAGAAGUCAAUGACCGAUAGCUUAAUUACACGCUAGGUAGUAAAAUCACUCGAACGCCGAUGCAAAAUACCUAUAGAUCUAUGACGCCAGUGCGCUGUAAAUGGAUACUUAAAACUUUGGCUUGGAGUCUUAUUUCUAACGGCAAUCAAGGUGUAAAUAAAUCAGCAUAGUCGUCAUUCACUGCGAUUGUAUUGAAGCGUCCUUGGUCGUGCAUCGAACCCGGAACAUGCACCGCGCGCGCACGGCGCACGGCGCUCGCGAGAAGCACAGUGGCCCGAUAACGGCCGAUUUCUACUUAUCCAAAUGCUGCUUACGUAAGGUGGUGAUGCUUGAUAGCGAAAUGACCUUCGCGGUCAAUACCCCGCGCUGACAACGGUUAAUGACCUAUUUACCUACUUCAGUUUCAAACACAGGGGUGAUUAAACUCGGAACAGAUAUGUUUAUCUAUUUGUGUCUUAAUAAAUACGACUUUUGUUUGUUUACAUGCUUAUCUGCAGUUAGGUACAUUCUGUUUGUUGACUUUGUUCGAAACUUUGGACGGGCUCGACUAUUAUAACAGCUGAUUAUUAAACAAAUUCGAACUUAGUUUUACUGAUUCAACCAUUCGACUAGGACCUUAGUUAGCUCACGUCUAUAAUUUUUUUAUGUUUAAUUAUUAAGUCUUUUAACUUUUAAAUACCUAGUGUUGUACGCGUGUGUGAGGGCCACCACAAAGAUAAAAGAUUAAUUUGCACCCCAUCAGUCUACACUUGUACUCGUAUGAGAAUUUUGCAGUAGCGAAUAAUCAAAGUUAUUUUUUUAUUAAAACAUUAUAAAAUUAAAGUUUAAGUCAACUGCGUAAGUACAAAUAAAUAACCUUGUACAACGUAGUUUAAAUACAUAUUUUAAUACAAUUCUAUUAAACCUAUUAAAUUAAAUAUCAUUAAUUUUACUGACUGAUUUGACCUCUUUAUCAACAACCUAAAAUUUAUUUCAGAAAUUAAAUAUCCAUAUUAUUUUAGUUACAAUUAUAUAAUCUAAGUAUAUAUUGGGGUUCGAAGGUAUAAAAUAUACAAACGCUUCUGUUCACUACCGCUCGUUUUUUUGUUAUCAAUUACGAAUAUGUAAAAUGCGAUAUCAAGUCAAGGGCACUUCUAAUGUUACCGAACUUUAACGCGUACUGUGAUAAUAUAAGACAUGCUUCUUCCUCUAUAAGUAUAUAAAUCCAACGUACAUAAGUAGCCUUCUCACAAACCUAGUGGCUCGCAUACCGCGUUUACGUUUUAGCAACAUCCUAACAUUAGAAUGCUUCAUGCACUCGACCACUUUUAUCGAGCGAUGAUAUACCCGUUCAAUCUUGACUUGUUAAAAAUAUUUAUAUAUAUCUUCAAUUCACUGUGUUUUAGUUCUUUAUUUUUUAUAAUUGCUAGAAUUCGUAACGUGUUGAAACUACCGCCAGGACCAUGGGGGUUGCCAUUCCUGGGAUGCUUGCCUUGGAUGGGGCGCGGGGCGCCAAAUGCCUGGCUCCUAGAGCAGGCGGCCCGCUACGGCGACCUCACCUCAAUACAACUUGGCUCUAACCUGAUGGUUUGCAUCGGAUCCUCAAAAAUCCUCAGAGACCUGUUCAACCGACCUGAGUCGAUUGGCCGACCACAUACUCCUCUCAAUAACUUGUUGAGUGGACGAGGAAUCGUUCUCAGCGAAGGCCUGUUAUGGAGGAAGCAGCGUCAGUUCUUGCACGAGAAGUUCCGCGCUCUCGGCGUCAACGGCGUUGGAAUCAACCAGAGAUUUCAACACUGCGUCAUCGUGGAGAUAGAAGAACUUUUAGUAAAGCUAGAAAGCACGAGGGAGCAACCAAUAGACCCGGCCAGUUUCCUAGGCAGGCACGUUCACAACGUCAUAUGCCAGCUGAUGAUGAGUUUCCGCUUUGAGGAGCAAAACCCGGAGUUCAAGACCUUCAAUGCUCUGGUCACUAAAGGCAUGGAGCUGUACGGAGCCAUACAUAUCGGGGAGCAUCUUCCGGCUUACUUGCACCUACCAGGGAAAAAGUCAGUAUUACAAGAAAUAUUGCGAAAUCUACGAGAUGUGAGCGCGUUUCACGUGCGGAUAGUGGCCGAACGCCGGAGACAGCUUUUCGGCAUCAACAUGGAUAACUACGGGCCUAUGGAUCUCUUGGACUAUUACUUGCUCGAGUUACGAAAUAACUCUGUUGGCUCCAGACUCUUUGACGGAGCUGAUCCAGAUGAACAGAUAGUCCAAGUCUUCAACGACCUCUUCUCCGCUGGUAUGGAAACCGUCCGGACGAGCUUGCUGUGGGCCUUGCUGAUGAUGGUCCGGAACCCUCCGGUGGAGGCCGCGGUGCGCGCCGCCCUUGCUGAAGUACUCGAAACUGGACAACUGGUCACGUUGGACCAUCGUGCGAGGCUUUACUACAUUGAAGCUGUGUUGUAUGAGACUCUGAGGAUCGUGUCAGUGGUACCGUUGGGGACGACACAUGUUAAUACUUCCGAUUGGAACGUUAACGGCUACAAGAUUCCAGCCGGCACACACCUCGUACCCCUACUGAACAAGAUCAACAUGGACCCAGAACUCUUCCCUAACCCCAACAACUUCGCCCCGGAGAGGUUCAUCAGUGGAGGUAAGGUGGAACUCCCUGACGCUUUCAUACCAUUCGGAGUCGGUCGCCGCGUAUGUCUCGGGGAACAAGUAGCCAAGACAGAACUCUUCCUGUUCUUUGCUAAUAUUAUGAAUAACUUCACAUUUUAUUUACCGGAAGGUGAACCUAUGCCGGAAUUGGAAGGCGUUAUGGGCGUCACUCACGCUCCGUUACCUUAUAAAUUAUGCUUUAGAAAAAUAUAAUAUUUGUAAUGUAGUAUUAGCGACCUGUGUGAGUAUUCAAGUGAGAUUAUUGUUUUAAAUCAACGUGUUUAGUGCCUAUUGACACAAAUCCCACCUAUAAUAUACUAAAUAAAAUAAUAAGGUAAGAAUAAAGUCGUUUAUGUGAAAUAUUUGUUUAGUUUACUUUUUCCGGACAUUAAAAUUUAUAAAUAAACAGUCUAAAAUGCGACGCUGAUUUUAGAUCAUUUGUUGAACUUGUGUUAACGUAAUGAUCAAGUCGUAUUUGGUUUCAAAGAUCACGGGCAUGACUUUAUUUAUGUAUAGAUAGUGAUAUUGUAUUUUGUUUGUAUUAAUUAAAUUAGUAUUAAAAUGUCAUUAACUGUAGUGAGUACUAUGUCUUAUCAAUUUAUCUUUUAUGUCAUUAUAGUCUUAUGUAAAUUGCCAUUGAUUCUUUGUGUUAAUUAAUUCUAGAUGUUAGUAGACUUUUAUUUCACAUUAACAAUUUCAGUACUGAACGUAUUGUAAUAUUAUGUAGUUUUUAAUAUACUUCCGAUCCUAGUUGUCAUAAUUACACUGAAUAUGUAAAAUUUCUAGUGUUAUGUUAUUUUUAAAGUCACACACAGGUCGAACGCGAUUAAUUAACAUUAUUUUUACCUUUUCCGCGACCACGGCCAGUGCAACCUGGCCGAAACGUUGGGAAAAAAAACCGGCCAAGAGC